AUGGCAACAGCAGCCUGCGACACAUUCUUCGACCUCCCAGAGUUAGUCUGUCGCCUCACCCACUUCCUUCCACAACACGACCUCAUCAAACUCCUCCAACUCAACCACCACAUCAACACCAUCUGCACCCCCGAGCUCUGGCGCACACUCGACCUCACCCCCCGCAUAGUUUCCGAACAACUCUUGGACUCGCCCCUUGGUCUCCAAGCACUCAGUCGAAACAUCAACUCUCUCAACCGCUCAACAUUGACACAUCUUAGCCUUAAUCGAGUGCCUCUUACCCCACUCCGGAUCCUCCGCCAUAUCUGCCGCACCCUCUCCCAACUCACUCAUCUCCAAACUCUGCGACUAGAGGCACCUUGGGGUCAUUUCAUCAAUCACCAGAGCUUUAACGCCCUCUUCUCCAGUUGUCCUCGUUCAUUGGUAGAGUUCUCGCUCCGAGCCGAGGUUGAAUAUUUCGGAGGAGGCACGGAUUUAACACCGGAUGAAGAUGAUUGGGACUUUGAUCAACGGCCGUUGGUGCCGUCGACUGAACCGUUUCAUUGUCUAAUGAGGCUCGAGUUCCCGAGGAUACGGAGCAAGGAAUCCGCUCAGGCGGUUAUUAUUGUUCCUACCUUAAUGCUCUGUCCAGCCCUCGAGACUCUAAAACUCCCAGCUAUCAAGGAUGCCCAGACGAUCGAGUUGAUCUCUAUGACUCUUCGUCUCUUCUGUCCACUCGUCACCGACAUGUCUCUUGCUUCCGACGCAUCUGUGAGAGAGGGCGGAGAGGACGUUAUGGGCAUUAUGCAGCAGAUUUCACCAGGGCACCGACUCCGAAACAUCUAUCUCAUAAACUGCCUCGACAACGCUUUACCUUCAACCACUGCUGCUGCAUUCCUCCAACAUGCAGUGUCGCUCCGCCGGGUCGAAUUGAGUGCCACCCGACUACUCAAGAGCGCCACCAUCCAGACCAUCCUCGUAUCGUGCCAGGGGUUGGAGUACUUGAAGAUCGAGGAGAAUGUAUCGUCGACCGAUUGCGCUCUCCACCUCGAAGAUGCAGCCCUAGCAGAAUGGGGAUGUGCCCGGAUCCGGUACCUGGAACUGACUGUUGCUUUUACACCUGAUGGCCGGGACCCCAAGUACUUUGCCGCCGACCCAACGAUGACUACAUGGACUGAGGAGGACCACCAUCAUUGGGACUUGAUGGACAGGUUAUACACUCAAAUCGGAGCACUAUCAGAGUUGGUAGUCUUGAAACUCAAGGCUGCAGGUGUACCACGACCACCGCAUACUCCAAGGAACCGGCAACGCGGCGAUAACUUCAAGGACACAUGCCUCCCAGGCCUCCUGUCCCUCGAGGACCCCACCUCCGGCAAGAUCGGGUUCCUAUCACGUCUCUCCGGACUCACCAAACUACGUGAGCUCCGCGGAUCAUUGUUCUGGACGAAUAGGGAGGUGCUGGCCAGGACGGGCGAGCGAGAAGUGGAAUGGCGCCGGCCGGGGUUGUUGCUUGAAGGUGACCAGCGGGAUGAGGGUGAUACUAUCUUCUUGUAG